AUGGCGACCGCCUCCGUCGCCGCCUCCCUUCCCUUCCGUCUCCUCCUCCCUCCGCGGCUGUUCCGCGGGAGGAGGGCGGUGAGGUGGCCGCGGCUGAUUAGGGCUUCGGCGUCGAGCAACGCCAGUGACGUCGCAGGCGGGGAGCGGAAGCUGGGGGCUCUGGAGAGCAGGGUGGGAGAUCUGAGGGCGCUCAUCGCCUCCGUGCCUCCUGCUGUUGCUUCGAUCCAGAAAAACAUUGGCCCAAAUUUUGUUGCUGGUUUCUGUGUUGGCAUUGCACUUUUGGCUGCUGCUGCAAGACAGGUCAUCAUAAGAAAUCGAGAGCAUGAUAAUAGAGGUUCUGUUGCUGAUCUAGUAAGGCGUGGACAAUUAAAAUCAGGGCAACGAGGGACUGCAAAGCUCCACACAUACGAUGAUCCUUUCAAUAAUCCAUUAGUCAAGAUUGAUGAGGGUACAUCUACUGCACAAAUGUUUGGCAAGGAGUACCGUUUGGCUCCUGUUAGGCUUACGAAAGAGCAACAAGAAAUGCAUCAAAAGAGGAGAUCACGUGCAUAUCAGUGGAAAAGGCCAACCGUGUUUCUCAGGGAAGGUGAUUCCUUACCUCCAGAUGUCGAUCCAGAUACAGUUAGAUGGAUUCCAGCAAACCAUCCUUUUGCUGCUGCUUCAAGUGAAGUAGAUGAGGAGACUGCCAAACAGAAUGUCUAUCAAAAGGAUGGCGUCCCAUCCCGUGUUAAGGCUGAGCAUGAAGCUUUGCAGGCAAGGCUAGAGGCUUCAAAUGAUGUUUCCAAACUCCCUUCGGAUCCAAGGAGUAUGCAGCGUAAUGAGAGACCGACGAGAUUAUCAGGCAAGCCAUCUGAAAAUCUUCAGAGAUCAGAGUUUGAGAACCAAGAUAGACAACUGGCUAUUGAGUCUGGUAAACAUAGCUCUGAUGGAGGUUUACAAUCAAAUGAGCCAGAAGGGCAAUAA